GAAGGCCGGGAGGGGGAGGAGCGCGGCAGUAGCGGUGAAUUUGGAGGGGUGGGUUGGGGGCGCGCACCGGCCGCCCCAGGUGCUGCUGGCUGCCGGGGCCGCGGCGGCUCCCGGUUGUUGCGGCCUGGCAGACGCCAGUCCCCACGGUCAGAGACCCGGUUCGGGGGAGGAGGGAGGAAGCUGGAGCCUCAGGCGGCCACACGAGAAAGAACAGCACAAGAAGAAACUUUAAAAGGCAUUGUUGAUUUGACUACAGCAGCGAUCCCCGAAAUCACAGGAAAGUCCAGACCCCAGCCCAGGGGAUGAUGCUGCUCACAUCAUAGUGUGUCUUGGCACCUCAGUCACCCAAAUCUCGAGAAUCCCUCACAGGAACAUCCGGACUUCCUGGGGUUCUGAUAGUCAGUCAUACAGAGGAAGGCCUUGAGCACGUGGAUUUUGGAGAAUCUGUUCUAAAAGUGUAAAAAGUGCAAAAGGAGAAAUACAAAUGUCUACCGCAAGACGAAAACGCAAUGUGUUAUGUUGUUUACCGUAAGCUGUAGUAAGAUGAGCUCAAUUGUUGACAGAGAUGACAGUAGUAUUUUUGAUGGAUUGGUGGAAGAAGAUGACAAGGACAAAGCAAAAAGAGUAUCUAGAAACAAAUCUGAAAAGAAACGUAGAGAUCAAUUCAAUGUUCUCAUUAAAGAACUUGGAUCUAUGCUUCCUGGUAAUGCUAGAAAGAUGGACAAGUCCACUGUUUUGCAGAAGAGCAUUGACUUUUUACGCAAACAUAAAGAAAUCACUGCACAGUCAGAUGCUAGUGAAAUUCGACAGGACUGGAAACCUACAUUCCUUAGUAAUGAAGAGUUUACACAAUUAAUGUUAGAGGCUCUUGAUGGUUUUUUUUUAGCGAUCAUGACUGAUGGAAGUAUAAUAUAUGUAUCUGAGAGUGUAACUUCAUUACUUGAACAUUUACCAUCUGAUCUUGUGGAUCAAAGUAUAUUUAAUUUUAUCCCAGAGGGAGAACAUUCAGAGGUUUAUAAGAUACUCUCUACUCACCUGCUGGAAAGUGAUUCAUUAACCCCUGAAUACUUAAAAUCUAAAAAUCAGUUAGAAUUUUGUUGUCAUAUGCUUCGAGGAACAAUAGAUCCAAAGGAGCCAUCCACCUAUGAAUAUGUGAGAUUUAUAGGAAAUUUUAAGUCUCUAAACAGUGUAUCAACUUCAGCACACAAUGGUUUUGAAGGAACUAUACAACGCACACAUAGGCCUUCUUAUGAAGACAGAGUUUGUUUCGUAGCUACUGUCAGAUUAGCUACACCUCAGUUCAUCAAGGAAAUGUGUACUGUUGAAGAGCCUAAUGAAGAGUUUACAUCUAGACACAGUUUAGAAUGGAAGUUUCUAUUUCUGGAUCACAGGGCACCACCAAUAAUAGGCUAUUUGCCAUUUGAAGUUUUGGGAACAUCAGGCUAUGAUUACUAUCAUGUGGAUGACCUAGAAAAUCUGGCAAAAUGUCAUGAGCACUUAAUGCAGUAUGGGAAAGGCAAGUCCUGCUAUUAUAGGUUCCUGACCAAAGGACAGCAGUGGAUUUGGCUUCAGACUCAUUAUUAUAUCACUUACCAUCAGUGGAACUCAAGGCCAGAGUUCAUUGUGUGCACUCACACUGUAGUAAGUUAUGCAGAAGUCAGGGCUGAAAGACGACGAGAACUUGGCAUUGAAGAGUCUCUUCCUGAGACAGCUGCUGACAAAAGCCAAGAUUCAGGGUCUGACAACCGUAUCAAUACAGUCAGUCUCAAGGAAGCACUGGAAAGGUUUGAUCACAGCCCAACUCCGUCUGCCUCUUCCAGAAGCUCACGAAAGUCAUCUCACACAGCAGUCUCAGACCCUUCCUCAACACCGACAAAGAUUCCCACUGAUACUAGCACUCCUCCCAGACAGCAUUUGCCAGCUCACGAAAAGACGACACAGCGGAGGCCGUCCUUCAGCAGUCAGUCCAUAAACUCCCAGUCUGUUGGUCCAUCAUUAACACAGCCAGUGAUGUCUCAAGCUGCAAAUUUACCAAUUCCACAAGGCAUGUCACAGUUUCAGUUUUCAGCCCAGUUAGGAGCCAUGCAGCAUUUAAAAGACCAGCUGGAGCAGCGGACACGGAUGAUAGAGGCAAAUAUUCAUCGGCAACAAGAAGAGCUAAGGAAAAUCCAAGAACAGCUUCAAAUGGUCCAUGGACAAGGGCUUCAGAUGUUUUUGCAACAAUCAAACUCUGGAUUGAAUUUUGGUUCCGUUCAACUUGCCUCUGGAAAUUCUAAUAUCCAGCAACUUACACCUAUAAAUAUGCAAGGCCAAGUCGUUUCUGGUAGCCAGAUUCCAAGUGGAAUGAAUACUGGACAUAUGACCACAAACCAGCAUGUGAUACAACAGACUCUACACAGUACGUCAGCUCAGAGUCAACAGAGUGUAAUGAGUGGACAUAGUCAGCAGACGUCUCUUCCAAGCCAGACGCCCAGCACUCUCACAGCCCCACUGUACAAUACAAUGGUGAUCUCCCAGCCUGCGGCCGGGAGCAUGGUCCAGAUCCCAUCCAGUAUGCCCCAGAACAGUACGCAGAGUGCUACGGUAACCACGUUCACUCAGGACAGACAGAUAAGAUUUUCUCAAGGUCAGCAACUUGUGACCAAAUUAGUGACUGCUCCUGUAGCUUGUGGGGCUGUCAUGGUACCAAGUACCAUGCUUAUGGGCCAGGUGGUGACUGCCUAUCCGACCUUUGCCACGCAGCAGCAGCAGCAGCAGCAGCAGCAGCAGCAGCAGCAGCAGCAGCAGCAGCAGACCUCCCAAGAGCAGCAGCUUCCUGCAGUUCAGCAACCAUCUCAGGCCCAGCUGACCCAGCCACCACAGCAGUUUUUACAAACACCUAGGUUGCUCCAUGGGAAUCCUUCCACUCAGCUCAUCCUCUCUGCUGCCUUUCCUCUACAACAGAGCACCUUCCCUCCAUCGCAUCACCAGCAACACCAGCCUCAGCAGCAGCAGCAGCUUAGUCGGCACAGGACUGACAGUCUGAGUGACCCUCCCAAGGUCCAGCCACAGUAGCACACACACUUCCUCUCGGACACUAGAGAGGAAGGGGAUGGCCAGAAAGUCACUCAGAUGACAUAUGGUUAGAAGUUUGGCGGUUCGGUGAGGAUAGUCUUGAGUGUUCCAGUUCCUGGAUUAGUUGGUAGGGAGAUGCUGCCCAGUGCUACAGAUGCACAUUAAAUACCAGCCAGUGGGGGAUAGUAGGGACACAGCCAAUCGGACAGUUUCUUUGCCCAGAUAUUUUUUUGAUGGAGAAAGAGUAUAUUGCCAAAUGUUAACAAGUUCAACUAUCCUGACCUUUACUGAAUCAGAAAAGCACUGACAGUAUUGGUAGCUUUAGUGGUUCUGUGCCUGGUAUCAAAUGUUACAGAGGACACAUCACUGCCAGGGGUUUGCUUAGAUCCAUGAAGAUAGUCCAGUAGUUAGUAGUCCCCACCCCAAACUCCCCUCCCUGCUCAGAUAAUGAUGGAUCAGUGAUUCCUUUCAGAAUGUUGUGCAGGUUUGAAUUCUCUGUAUAGACGCUCUAUAGAUGUGUCUGUGUCUGGAUGGAGGAGAGAGCAAGCCUUCUUUGCACAGCAUGAAAGCAUUAUCUGUCCCUUACAGGUAUGAGUACAUUUCAUUAGAUUUUGACACCAUGUACAAACUGAUAACAGCCUCCUUUUCAUUUUGUUUACAACAUAAUAGUGUUCUAGUCACUUUUCCAGGGCACAAGUCUUUUUGUUCGUGCUUUGGCUGUGGUGUCACAGUUUGUUCAAUGAGAUAUAAUGUGCUGCUGGGAAUGGAUUUUUUUUUUCAGGUUAAAUUAUUGCUACAUUUCCAUUUAUCCAGAAAUAUUCCUAUUUCAUUAUUUUAAUUAUGUUUGAAAAUAGAAUUGCACUGUUUUAUUUUGGAUGGUUGGCUGAGAGUUUGAUCAUGUAUUUUGAUAUGUUUCAUAGUUGGAAUAUUUAUGUAAAUGGUUUUCAACAAGCCUGAAAGUGAUUUCAAGAAUGUUUCAGUUAUAAGAGUCAAAUUUGCACACAGAACAUUUUAGGCACUUUUUAACAUUCUCAGUGGUAGGAAUUUUAACUUUUAGGAUUUGUUGGAAUCUUUUUAUUAUCCUUAAAAAUUUCAAUGCUUCUUUUAGUCAAAAUGAUUCAGGGUUAUUUGAGGGGGAAAAACCCAUAGUGCCUUGAUUUUAAUUCAGGUGAUAACUCACCAUCUUGAACUCAUUGUCUGGUUUCAGUAGCAGUUUUGAAACCUUAGUACAUUUUUAGCAGCAUGUGGGUCUCAGUGUCAUUCUUAAGUUCCCAUGAAGACUGCUAUGUCUCAUGGGCCACCUGAAUAGGAUCACGGUUGUUAAUGUGAUCCCAAAUUUAUUUCCAAAUUGUUUCUUCCUUUAAAGCUAAAUAGUCCUUUAAGAAUUACUGGUAAACACUUGCUCAGAGGAAGGGUAGGAAUUACCUUUAACCUUUGUCAAACCACGACUGUAACUCACAUGCUUUCUAAACAUGAAUUAAGAUUUCAUUUGGCAAUACCAUACUCUACAGGUAAUAAACUCCAACGAAGUUACAUAGAUUUUAAAAAGCAUUUUUUUUAGAUUUUAUGGUACUAAUAAUGAAAUUUUCAAUUACAGAACAAAAGAGAAAUAGAAAAUAGAAUAUAAAACAUUACUGGGAAAAGGGAAGACAAGUGUGGCAAAUUAGAAUUGAUCUUAGAAGAAAGUGUGUACUGGGUGAGGCUGCUAAGCAGAGGUUCUCAGCAGUGAAAAUAACCUAACGCAGAAUUCCUAGAUAACGGAGUCAGUUAUCUGUCCUCAGCUUUGUUGUCAUCCUUAAGUAUGUCUUUGUUUUCCUGUUUACCUGGCUGCAGUUAAGUUAGAAAGUUAGUGGUGAAAAAGAACACAACCAAAGAAAAUUGGUACCUACCCUUCUGCAAAGAAUCGUGGCUAGAUACCAGUCAGUAACUGACAUAUCAGUUGUCUUCUAGUUGACGCUCACAUGGACACCCGAAGAGCGGGGAGAACACAUGUAUGUAUAUGGAAGCUUAUACACGCGUGAUGAAAUUAAUGUGAAAUAGAGCACCCACAUUGCUUUUCUCUCCUUCCAAAUUGCCUUCUUGAUCUUAUGCCAUUCCAUGUCAUCUGAGUUGUGCCUCAUUUACUUUUUGGCAAUACCUAGUGAUAAGGAUUUAGCUAACAGGAGAUACAACAUACUAAUUAUGUAAUUCUUGUUGUUCUCCACAGUUUAUCUUCCUGCUUCAAAGCAGUUGAUAAAGGAGCACCAAGCCACUAACUUAGGUGUCCAUGUGGAGUGCAGUGCUGGGCAACACUUGUCAGCACCAACUGCCUCUCAGCUCCUUAAUUCUUGCUUUCCCUGAUGGCAAACUGUCCCUGUCUGUAUCCUACAUAUAGACUUCAGCAUUCUGAUGAAGGUUGAUCUGUUGCCUGCUCUUCAUUUCUAUAGCCAAAGUUGUUGACUGAAACCUAAAUCUAAAAUCUAAAUUAUGAAAAGAUACCAAAUAGAAACACUUCUCAGCUUCUUAUAAACUUUAAUGUCCUCUACUCUAUUUCAUGGGGAUUCAUUUUUCUUUAAAAUUUGGAUUCUGGGCAGCACUUUUUAGUUAAGAAAUUGUUCGGGUGCGGGUCAGAUAGGUUCUCAUUGCCCUGCAGGUACCUUACUCUGGGCUGCUUCUGCAUGGGGUGUUGCUGAUCAUAUGGGAUGAGAACAGUACAGCACAAAGCUGCUCUUGAGGCUGGCGUUAGCCUAGAGCCUAGACAUUAGAAAGUACUCCUCUUUUCUUCCAUAGUAACUAUGGAGGGGCUGGGGAGCAGAUGUGGUGGGUGGGGCUGUAUACAACUGAGCACUACAGGCCCUUCCCCAAGCUCCAGCCUAGCUAAAGGGGAGCUCUAGAGUGCUGUGCUCUGCUGUCGCAUAGACAUGGCUUAGGAAUGUACUAAUAAAAGAACGCCUGUGCUUUUGAAUAGUUUGUGAUAGAAAACUGUGCAAACUAGUGUGUGUCCGAGUUGUGUGUGCUGUAGUUGGCCGUUGCCUUAAAGCAGUCUCUUGAAGUUAGUUGGGAGCACUGAAGCAGUCCAGCUGUAUAAAGGGCAUCGUGUGGAGGGAGAUGAGCCCUUGUUCAAGCCUUAGAAAGGGACCCUUAAAGUAGUAGUCUACAGAGGUAGAUUCUUUUCACUUGGAUAUUACUGUGUGCUUAAAAUGUUUCCACUACAUUAAGGAUUUUUUUUUUUAAAGUGGAACGCAGAUAGCAUUUUUAGUAUUAUUUUUUCUGUUUGGUGAUUAGUUUGUUGGUAAGCAUUUGUGUAAAACGCGUUCAAGCUUAUCAUCUUUCCAGUACCUGUGGUCCUGUUCUUAGUACCACAGAGUCCACAUGGAAGGUAUAAACACUGGAUAUUAAUAUUGCUGAGGGCAUAUAGCCAGGAGUAAGCUGACUGGAACUCUUCAGUGGUGGAGAAGAAACAGCACAAAGGCACUUGCCAUUUUCAUAGUGAUUAGAGAAAGAAACCUUUUACGUUUGUCUGGAUUGAGUGAACACUCUUCUAAGAGGAGCUUCUGAAGUAAAUGCAAAGGAAAAGAGUUGACUAUUUUUAUAGCAUAUUUAAUAUAUUUGUAUAUAACUAUGAGUAUAGUAGGAACCCUCCACCUGCCUCCCACUUUUCUACCCCCCCCCCCCUUUGCCAUAGCCCUAGUACAGCCUCAUCCGCAUGGGUAAUGUGCCUAUUGUCAGCCUACCUACCAAAAGAUAGUGCUGCUGCUUUCUGAGACAGGUGAGACCAGACUCUCAUGCCUGGGGAUCCUUUAUGGGAGGAAUAGCACACACUUAGAUCAACAUACCACAGUCUAAAAGCAUCAUUUUGAAAGGUAAUAAAGCACUUUAUUGCAAUUAUUCAUUUAGAUAAAGUUUGUAUCUUAGGCAUUAACCAUUUUUAAAGGAUCCCCUAAUCAUCACUUAGGUGAAAUUAUAAAUGACACAUUUCUGAGAAAUGUUUAGAUCCAGUGAACCGUAGCAGGUUUAUGGGAGUGAUUUCAAGGUAGCCAAAUAAACUCUGACUUUUGUUUUGAAUGUGGUGGAGUCAGGAGAUUGUAGAUGCAUAGUUCAUUUAAACACUAUUGUAAACCUAUCUUGCCUAUUGUGUGGACACCAAAAGAGACCAAUGAGCCUGUUUGUUUUCAGAGGUCUAGGAAAAUAUGCAUCUGUCUUGAGUAGAUACACAGAACUAAUCUAUCAAUGGUUGGUAGUAAUAUUUUAGGAUACGGUAAUUUCAAGAAUUAUUGAGUGUUUUAAAUGUGCCCUGAAAUGUUGGCAUGUCAUUUCAGCGUUCCCACUUGAGUUGCUCUUGUAAUAUUUUUGCACAAAAAAGACUGAGAAUGACUGCUUUGGUUGAAGAAAACUAUAAUUUGGUCUUAUUUUAAUGUCUCCUGUGGAAACACCGGAGGUAAAUUUUGUUGGUAGACUUACUAAUUCAGGAUAUUUCAAACAGUGUUGAACAGCUCACCAGAAAUUACGCAAAAGUAUAUAUUUAAAAAUUAAAAUUCUUUUUUCCACGUGACUGUUUGCAUAUUUUUUCUGUUGUCUUAACACUACAUUCCUUGUUUUCCUGAAAUAAUAAUACUUUGAAAGAUGAGUAUUUAACAAUACUUUCUAAGUUGCCUGGGUUUUCCCAGGAAAAUAUUCUAGAGAAAUAGGCUGUAUUUGUAUAUAGUUUGUGGAGACUAUUGAGACCCCAUCAACACCACCAGCAAACACUGAGGUGCUGAACUAAGCGACAAUCACCAUAGGAAGUAGUUAUAGGAGGUCUUAGAAGUGGUUGGAAGGAACUUGUUCCGAACGCAGUUCUCUGGGUUUCUUAAAUAAAAUGGCUAUGUAUUUAUUUAUAUUUGUUUAUCUACAUUUGGUCUCCUGUUUUUAAUUUAUGGUCAGUUUUGUUUUGCAUCAUUAUCUUGUACUUGGGUCUUAUUUGGGGCAGCAGUUGUUACCCUGCCCCCAGUGACUCUCCACUGACAGAUAAUUGAAACCCAUUGUACAUCAGGAUGGCAGUGGUAGGUCAGCCUGGACCUCCCUGCACUUCCUCCUGCUCUGAACUCCCCCUUUCAGCUCUGCUUAUGACAUUACUCCAACCUUCUUCUAGUGUCACUUGUUGCCUUCAGUGUUUCGUGGGCACUUUGUAUAUGGGUACUUCCCCGACACAGAAGCAAGGGCACGUGUUACAUGCUGCCGUUGUUUCUGCCCAUCUGGGUAAAUGCUAGCAAAAUAGUACCUUUUAAUGGCUGGCAUCAUUAUUUCCAUAUAUUGAGUCCGUACAAAUAGUUACACAAUGUAUGCAUACUGAAAACUCUUUAAAAAGUUGAUUAUCUUUAAAUUUCCAUAGCCAGCACUGACUAGUAAAGCGGUGCUCGAACAUGGGAGGCCUCACUCCGUGAGGAUCCUUCCUGCUCACCUGCUCUGUGGGAUAUAGUCCUCCCAUAGUACUCUCAUUGUGGCUCUGGAGUCACACAGGUAGGGUCGAACUCACAGGGACCCAUUGGAGAACAGUAGUUACAAUACAAUCAGACAAACUGAGUUUAAUUAUGUAAAAGAUGUUUAACUCUGAGGAGGGUAAGUUGAAAAUAUGCCAUUUUUAGAUACAUGCUUUUAAAUCGGAGAAAACAAACUGUGACAUUGCUUUAAGAAAUGACAUUCACAUUGUUUGUGUUUGAGUACUGGUUCAAGUUUAUUGUUGACAACGGUUUUAAGAAUAUGACAGACCUAAAAUAUAGGAAAAGCUGUUAUCUUGAAGUUGACAUCUCCAAGCAAAAACAUUACCCUCAAAAAGUUCCUGAUUAAACACUGGAUGUAUCAGCCAAAACAACUGGAAUUUUGAAACCAUUCUAAAGUUAUUUUGAAAUCUAUUUUAUUACGGCUUCAGUUGGGGAAAGCUCUACUAUAGCACUUUCAUAUUCACCCUGUGUACGGAGUGAAGCCCAAAGACAAGUUCAAUUAGUGCUGUAUUAAAACCAGUUAGUGCAAAAAAAAAAAUAUAUAUAUAUAUAUAUGUUUUAUCUUUGUAAACUUUGUUAAAUCAGUUAGUGGUUGUAUAAACAUGCACCAGAUUCUUUGCUGUUCUCUGUGGUUCUUGCUGUGCUGUUCUUGACAUUGCUGUCCUUACUGCUUGGUUCUGGGUUUAAAUGAAAACAGUAGACAUAGCUCAUCAUUUCCGGCUCCCGAGGGAGAGAUACACAUGGCUGCUGACCUCCAGAUAAGAAUACCCCCCGCCCAAGCAAACAGUUCAUUGAGAUAAAUUCAGUUAUUAGAAAAGACUGGCAUUCUUUCAGGUAUUACCCUUUUGCCAAAACCCUAAACUCCAGAGACAAAUGAUGGAUAAUGAAUGGUUUCAAUGGUGCUAUAUUAGGUUCCCUGGUUUUCAUAAGCUACAUUUGGAAAACAGAUUGACUAAAAUAUGGACUCCUGUUACCAGCUGAAUAUUGCCAUUUUAGUUGAGUUUGAUAAAAUUGGUUAUCCUUGGUUAUCAAAGUUACUUUUUAAGAAGUAAAACUGUGUUGCCAGCAUGCCUUCACUCAGGCCUCUUGCUGUAUGAGCACAGGCUCUACCUACAUCUCCAUGUACUAUCAGAACGUCUUUUCCAUAGACUCCUGUAAAGUAUUCAGAAUCAAAAAUUACAGCAAAAGAGCCAAGCAGUAGCAAUGGAUUUUCUGUUUUUGUUUUAAUGUCAAAAUAAUUAGAUCCAAACUUUGUCUCCUUCAGUUUUAAAAAUAAAGAAUACCUCAGUGCUGCUUCUCAGUAUGAAUUACCUGCUUUCUGUGGACAUAACAUGUAAGAGUCACAUUUGAUUUACGGAAAGACUAUUAAAUGUUUUUAAAUCUGUCAA